UUAUCUGAAGUCAGAGAAGAGAUUAAAUGUCUUUCCAAUGGUAAAUGGAGUGAAGAUGUCCAAGGCGGCAUAUGCAAAGAUUUUGAACCUCCUGAAAUCACAUGUCCAAAUGAUAUUCUUAUCGAAAACAUUCAGCAUCAGAAUGUAGCCCAAGUCAAUUGGGAAAUUCCACAAGCGAGAGAUAAUUCUGGAGAAGAGGUGACAAUUGAGGUUAGCCCAGCCUUUCUACCACCUCAUAUGCUUCCGAUUGGUGAUGUCUCUGUGACAUAUACAGCAACUGACAGUUCUGGCAAUCAAGGUAGCUGCACAUUUAACAUCAAGGUAAUAGAUGUAGACCCUCCUGUUAUUGACAGGUGCAGGUCACCUCCAGCAAUUCAAGCUACUGACAACAAGCAAAGUGCAACAUGGGAGGAGCCACAGUUCUCUGACAACUCAGGUUCUCAUUUAACUAUUACAAAAACCCACUCACCUGGAGAUAUUUUUACCCAUGGUGAAACGAUUGUCGAGUAUGUUGCA